CUAGAUAGUCACUUUCCCUUCCUGAUCUCUCCUGCAGAGGAAAGAGACACAUCCACACCCAACCACCACCACCAUAGAGGGAGGACAAGCACCUCAUACCUACUAGAACUUAAAUGAUGUUCCCUUUUCAUCCAAAUUGGAUUCAGUUUCUCCUCUCUUACGAUGCUUCCAAAUUCGCCACCAUGUUACAUUGUCACCGUUUCUUGUCAAUUUCCCCACAGCUUAUCCUAUGGCAUAUCACACAGUCAAGACCCAUCUUUUCCCCAGGUGCCAGCUCACUCAGACACACCACCCAAAUCCCUGAAGUCAACCGAGACACUUCCACACCGGUAGCUUUUGAAUCCAAAGGGGUAAACCAUUUUAGUCCACAAUACACCCGCACCCUGGUCCCAUAGCUAAAUUUCCACGGGCUAGAAACCAAAGGUUCAUGAAGGCGCACCUCGGGAAAAGCAAAAUUACCCCACUCACCGAACUUUCGACAGAAACAACCUCCCACAUCUCUCUUUGGCAUCCAAAUCGCCAAACACCUUCUCUCUUUUCAUCAGCACCAUCUGCCGUUGAAGCUCUUACCGAAAACGCGCACUCUUCACCUCCCGUAAACUCAGAUCCAGCUUACUCAUCAGGAACAUGGCGGCGAAUGCCAAGUCUCCAGAACUCUGCCCCUCCAUCCGCAUACCAAUCUCAAUCCCACCAAACAGUCCACCUCUCCCACACACUGCUUCAACCCUAACCAACUCGCAAAAACCAGCCAUCAUGGCCUCUUCCCCCGCAGCCAAAUACAGAGGUGUAAGCAUCCCUGCCUCACCAUCCUCCCCCCGUAGAAGUCUGAGCUAACAACCACCCCAGGCAACAGUGGAAGACCUGGACCUCCCUCCGGCUCUGAGCAUCUCCCCCUCAACCCCCAUCUCAACGGCAUUGGCAAUGGCCCACGACCGCGAUUACUCACAACUCACCGUGACAUCUUCCACCACCCGCGCUCUCCUCGGCUACCUCCCUGUCCCAAAAAUCGAAUCGCUGUUACAAUCAUCCUCCGGAAACAAUAUUAGACUCUCAGAUCCCGUCAGCAAGGUCAUGAACAGGUUCGAUCGCAAGAAGGGAAACGUGUAUAAGGUUAUUACGCCAAAUACCGCGCUGGAGGAGCUCGAGGAGUUCCUGAAGAAGGAGGAGUUUGCCGUUAUUACGGAUGAAGGGAGGAGGUUCGUUCUAGGCGUCGCAACCAGGGGCGAUUUGGAGGAGUUUACAAAGAGGAGGCCUGCCUAGUCUUAUUCCUAUAGGUUUGGGAUGUGACCCAGGAUAUCGCCUUUUGCUGGGCUUUUCCGGGUCACAGUUAGCCGGCUGCUUUGCUUGCUUGCUAAAAUAAAAUUUGUCUUUAUUCCUUUUUUUCACCCCUACUUCUCACGUCCUUUUCCCUCUUCAUACCUCUUCUUGAGGCGCCCUUGUAUGUGUGUUGGCAAGCGCACACAGUAUUGUUCGUGUCAUAACUCUGCCGUUGCUGCGGCAGGGGUCCAGCUCCGAAGACAAUCAUACAUUCUUCAGGUUUGGUGCCCCAAUGAACUAUGUUUAUGAUAACGAUGCGAAAACUAUGGACCUCAGGGUUCGGUCUUAACAGGUAUUUGCUCAACCGGAAAUGAUGGAAUAUGACACGUGUAUGAUAUGCUACUACCAACAGCAGUGGCAGAUCCGAAGCUACAGGUAUCA